ACAUCUAUAAAACUCUCAGCGGCAGACUCACAAUCCAAACAACAGCGCUGCGAUCGCAUCGCCUCACAAUCAGUACCGUGAUGUUGGCGAAAAUGGCGACCCCAAAUCAACAUUGGGAAGACUUACGGAGACAAGCCAGACAGCUAGAAAAUGAAAUUGACAUCAAACUUGUAUCCUUUAGCAAACUGGGAACCAGCUAUAGUAGUCAACGUGACACGAAAUCUGAAAGUUCUGAUGCGGUGCCACUCCUGGCCAGUACCAACAGUGAGCACAUGUUCCAGACGAUGUCUCUAGAAAUUGAGCAGCUACUAGCAAAGUUGACGGAGCUGAAUGACAAGAUGGCCGACUGCAUGCAGGGAUCGGCUCCGGGCAGCAACCCGGCGCUGCUGCACACGAUGCAGCGGCAUCGCGACAUACUGCAGGACUACAGCCACGAGUUCAGCAAGACGGAGGCGAACAUCGCCGCACACGUCGAGCGCGAGGACCUGCUGGGGUCGGUGCGGCGAGACAUCGAGUCGUACAAGAACGCGAGCGGUCUCAACCGUCGCACCGAGCUCUACCUGAAGGAACACGAACACGUGCGCAACUCAGACAGGUUGGUUGAUGAACAAAUAAGCAUUGCGAUAGCAACCAGAGAAACACUGGACAAGCAGAAAGAAACGUUCCACACAAGUCACCAGCACACUGAUGCGCUUGCAUGUGAUACAGAGAUCAACCUGCGUAAACGGACGAGACUCCAUCAUCCUCGCGACUAG